UCCUUUUGCGCUUGCCGUAGUUGUCAGGAUGUGUUCCCAUGUGUGUGCCUGACCCAAACAUACAAACAGUAGGUGUUAGCCGGUGUUCAAUUUUUUAAAAUAAAUGAAUUUACAUCUUGAAUCGAGGUUAGAGCUAUGGCAGCUGUUUUUCAGUGUGAUUGAAGACAGACUCCCUUUUUAGUCGACGGUACUGAAGUGUACAGAGGCAUUGUAGCUCCAUAACUGAAGUCAAACCUGAUGUGUCCUCUACACUUACAAUGUUAGCGACGUGGUCCAGACUAAUAAGUGUCCGGCGGCUGUCUCCGGACGCUCUUCUGCUAAAAGCAUCAUUUGGUCAGGAGGUGAGAUGGAACAAGUCUAUUUGUUCUCCAGUGUUGACAGUGUGGAGGUGGAGGAUCCCUGGUGUUACUAGAGAUGUGAGCACCUCCUGCAAACUGUACGCCAAAGUCCGAGAAAGCUCGAAGAAGUCUGAGAUCUCUGAGAAGAAACUGACACGUCACUUUAUAGACCACCGCCGUGUGAAGCUCGUGGCUGGCUCGGGUGGAAGAGGAGCCAGCAGCUUUCACAGUGAGCCACGAAAAGAGUGGGGUGGACCGGAUGGGGGUAAUGGAGGAGAUGGAGGGAGCAUCAUCAUAAAGGCUGACCGGUUUGUCAAAUCGUUGGCUAAAGUGGUUCCAGUUUACAAGGGAGAAAAUGGGCAACCAGGUAGCAGCAAGAACUGUUAUGGCAGGAAUGGCAAUACAACUUAUAUUCAUGUACCAUCAGGCACUGUGGUGAAGGAACUGGGACAGACAGUUAUGGACCUUUCUGUGCACGGCCAGGAGUAUCUGGCUGUAUUUGGAGGGGCUGGUGGGAAGGGGAAUAGAUUCUUUUUGACAAAUGAAAACCGUGCACCAAUGACGGCGACCCCAGGAACAGAGGGCCAGGAGAGGGUCCUACAGUUUGAGCUCCGUACCAUGGCCCAUGCUGGACUGGUUGGGUUUCCUAAUGCUGGGAAAUCUUCAUUGUUGAGAGCCAUCUCCAAUGCCAGGCCUGCUGUUGCCUCUUACCCUUUUACAACACUCAAUCCACAUGUUGGGAUUGUCAAGUACAGGGAUCAUGAGCAAGUUGCAGUUGCCGACAUCCCAGGCAUCAUCAAGGGAGCCCAUCUAAACCGAGGCCUGGGCAUCUCUUUUCUGCGUCACAUAGAACGCUGUCGUUGUCUCCUCUUUGUUCUGGACUUGUCGUCUCCCGAGCCCUGGACUCAGCUCCAGCACCUGCGUUAUGAACUGGACCAAUAUGAAGCUGGUCUCUCCCAGCGGCCUCAGGCCAUCAUAGCCAACAAAAUGGACCUACCUGAGGCCCAGGAGAAACUAAAGACUCUAAGAAGCCUCGUCACCCAGCGGGUCAUCCCUGUGUCGGCACUCACAGGACAGAACACAGAGGAGCUGAUCCUCCACCUCAGAGAACUUUAUGAUGGCAACAUCCAAGAGGAAGGGGAACCCAUCAGGUGGUAGUGAAGUUGUUUCCUCUUACUCUAUUGACAGAGGCAGUGUUUCCCACACAUAGAUGAUACUUGGGCGGCCUGCCUAAGUAGAUUUGCCACCCAUACAAGCAUUUUCCUAUUUUCUUUUACCCGUCGCCAUCAGUCAGAGCCGGCACUAACUGACCUGGUGCCCUAGGUAAGAUUUCAGCUGGUGCCCGUCGUAUUGUAACCAACUCCACCAACAAUCACAUCACAAAUACACUAUACAAAAGAACAUAAAUAAAAUGGUAAUAACACUGAUAUUUAGCAGGAGAAAAAGCAUACAAUUUCAAGUAGUAGUAAUAGUAGUAGAAUUUAUUCAAUCAUUAUAUAACACAUUUUCUAUCUAAUUAAGCUAACAGCUUCCAAAGUGAGAGGAAACAACAAAAACAGUAAAUCAUGAACGCUUAUAGACUUCAAAAACUGCUUUACAAACCAUUUUAAAACAUUAAAAGAAAUUAAUCGCAAGCUUUUAAAUGUAUUCUGGCAUCAGUCCUCAAUUUAAGCCCAAAUUUUAUUAGACAAAAUAAUAUUAUUUAUCCUAUUAUCUUCAAAAUUUCACUCUCUCUCAUUUGGGGUGCAAGUGGCACCCCCUAUGGUUGGCCGGCGCCCCUAGCAUUUGCCUAUACUGCCUAUGCCACAGACCGGCCCUGCCAUCAGUGACUGGUAAACAAGUGUGCACUCGCUCCGCACCCCUUCCAUAUGUUUACGUGAAGUAUCUGUAUACAAUCAGAGAGAGAGAGACAUUUGUUGUCUCGUUAAAUGCAUUGAUUGCAGUGCAACACCUCAUGUUACAUAUGAACCUGCAACUUGUUGCUGUCAAAGUUAUUUUGCACUCUCUGAGUUCUGCUACGUCAGUAAAAACAUCCAUCCCAACGUGAAGCUUACAUAAUCACGGAAUCACAAGUGAAACUUUUUUAAACAGUUCUGUUGUUUUUGCGACUUUAUAAAACAUACAGCUGAUGAAGACAAAAUGCAUCAAUGAAGGCCCCCCCUCCAUCAAGCAAGCACCCCACCAAGUAUAGGACUAUUUUGUGGGAAACACUGCACUUGUGCGGCUAUAGUCCCACUGGACAAUAAAGAAUGUAUUUAAAUUCUUAAUAAAUCCAAAGUUUGAAAUAA